CUUCUCCACACCCCACGGGCCAGAUAAAUGCCCUCAGGGGGCCGGAUCCGUCCCGCGGGCCUUAGUUUGGAAACCCCUGGGCUAGAGUAUGGAGGAAGGCAGACUCUGUCUUUCUAGAGUGGAUUGGGAGCAGGAGCAUCAAGGGGUCUGCACAGCGUUCUACGAGAGCAGCUACAACACUCAGGCCCUCCACUUUGAAAAUGAUGGUAGCGUUGACUUUGGCAUCUUCCAGAUCAACAGCCGCUACUGGUGCCAGUAUGGCAAUGAGCUAAGCGCCAAUGAAUGCGGGAUUCAAUGCUCUGACUUGCUGUCAAGCAACCUUGCUGCAGAUGCGGCUUGUGCUAAGCUUGUGGUCUUAAAUUCAUGGAAUGGAAUGGGCGCCUGGGUGUCAUGGAGACUGUAUUGCCAAGGCCAGGACCUCUCUCGUUUUGUCGAAGGAUGUGGUGUGUAGAGAAACAUCAUUAUCUCAAGAUCCUAGAAAUGUGGCUGUCUCUCACUUACCAUCUGAUGAACAGCUCUAAUUAAACCUUA